GACGUGGGCUAGCUUCAACCAAGCCACUGCUAAAUAAGGUACAGUGACAGGUGACAGAUGUAAAUGUUGUCCUUAUAAUUGGAAGACUCCGUAUAACACUUCUAGACUGGACAGAGUUGCCUCAUUGCUUGAGUUCGUAAUGGAAAUGACUCACAAUAUAACUUUUGAUAACCUUGAUGAGUUUAUAUGAAUACCUCGAUAGCUUCUUCCAUACGUUUCCCAUUACAUGCUCAUCAUGCCUACUCCAAUUGAUAAUGCUUUAAAGUCCAAGAACGCCGUAUUAGCCUUCUCCGGGCUCGUCACGGCCGCGUUGGCGUGGUCGAUGUGGGGUGGAAGUAUCUUUCCUACUGCGGCAGAUCCAACCGGCGACCCUCAGGAUUGGACCCGAGAAGAGCUAAGAAGAUGGCUCGCUGCUCGUAACCUUCACCCUCAAGAGAGCGAUUCUCGAGAACAACUGCUGGAAAGAGUCAGGGCGAAUAUGAGAUAGGUUAAUUCAGGCAGUAGUAAUGGAAUAGUAGGAGGAUGGAUAGUUAAUUGGGCUUAGAUGUAUAUCAAAGCACUUCCAAGGUUGUAACAAGAAGCCAAUGCCAGUUACUAUGCCUACCCAGAUACCUAUAACUAUCAUACCCCAGGUAGUAUAAACAGAUCGAAGUUAUAUGUUGCAUCACGAUACAAGUAAGUUAUAGUGACCCGUGGCACAUGUGUGCUCGAUGUUACACGUACAUAGAGUAAGCUGUAAC